AAGAGCGCCGACCGCCGGAAGCGCGAGAAAUACCUUUUGGUGUUCAAAGGGAAGCGCUAUACGUAUGGCAUCGGCUCCGAGACGCGAAACGCGCUCCACUUCCUGCACAACGGCAAUGACGUCAUUGUCCUCACGACGUGUCGUCACGGGAAGAAGUGGCGCGACCUCAAGGACGACAAGUGCGAGACGGACGACGCGCUGUACGACAGUCACGACUACCAGCAGCUGAUGGCGAACGCGACGUUCUGUUUGGUUCCGCGCGGACGCCGUCUCGGGUCCUACCGCUUCCUCGAGGCGCUCCAAUUCGGCUGCAUUCCCGUCGUGUUGGCCAACCAAUGGCUGCUCCCGUUCCACGAACUGCUCGAUUGGACGCAAUGCGCAGUCGUCGCCGACGAACGCCUUUUACUCCAAACGACGGAAACCUUGCGUCAAAUCUCGCGCCAAAAGAUCGCCGAAAUGCGCGCCAAAUGUCUCGCUCUCUACGAGACGUACUUCUCUUCCGUCGAACGCAUAGUUCUGACGUCACUUCUGGUCAUUGAACAGCGCCUGAGACCGCAUCUCGCGCUCCAACACUUCGUGUGGAACCUCCGCGCGCCCCCAUUGGCCGCCGUCGUCACCCAAUCACAGCUCGGCGUUCGCGACCCGCGACUCAACGCUCUUCUGAUGGCCGAAGAGGUCAAUGACCGCGCCUUCACUGCCGUCGUCCACGUGACCACAGCCUCUGACGUCACUCCCAAUCUGCAGCGUCUCAUUGGUCGCGCGCUUCGGGGCUCGCGAUUCGCGGCGGAAGCGGUCGUCGUUUGGCCGCAAAGUCUCGCACUACCGGCGCAUCUCGUGGAGACGCCAUUCGUGCGCGUCCUGCGCUCCAACGCGUCCGCGCGCUUCCGAUUGGUCGACUCGACGACCUUGAAGACCGAUUGCGUCCUUCAAUUGUCGCCGCAUUCUCUGCUCUCCGCCAAAGAGUUCGACUUCGGCUUCUCCGUGUGGACGGCUUUCCCGCGCCGAGUCGUCGGCUUCUCGUCGCGCGACCACUUCUUCGACGACCAGAAGCGCCAAUUC